CCUGUGUUCCAGAGCCUAGCCCAGCUAGAGAACCUGUGCAAGCAGCUGUAUGAGACUACAGACACUGCGACACGGCUCCAGGCAGAGAAAGCCUUGGUUGAGUUCACCAACAGUCCAGACUGCCUGAGCAAGUGCCAGCUUCUUCUAGAAAGAGGGAGUUCAUCCUACUCCCAGUUAUUGGCAGCUACAUGCCUUACAAAACUCGUGUCACGCACAAACAACCCUUUACCAUUGGAACAACGAAUAGAUAUUCGGAACUAUGUGCUCAACUACCUUGCCACUAGGCCGAAGUUGGCAACGUUUGUCACACAAGCGCUAAUCCAGUUAUAUGCCAGGAUCACAAAGUUGGGCUGGUUUGACUGUCAGAAGGAUGAAUAUGUCUUCAGGAAUGUGAUCACAGAUGUCACAAGGUUUUUACAGGAUAGUGUAGAGCACUGCAUCAUAGGAGUGACAAUCCUGUCCCAACUAACUAAUGAAAUUAAUCAAGUAAGUGCUACAGCCUUCCUCAGUGAAGCGGAUACUACUCAUCCACUGACCAAGCACAGGAAAAUAGCCUCUUCCUUCCGAGAUUCAUCCUUAUUUGAUAUUUUCACACUGUCAUGCAAUUUACUGAAACAGGCUUCUGGGAAGAACCUGAACCUAAAUGAUGAAAGCCAGCAUGGUCUGCUCAUGCAGCUUCUUAAGCUCACACAUAAUUGCCUGAACUUUGACUUCAUUGGCACAUCAACGGACGAGUCCUCAGAUGAUCUUUGCACUGUGCAGAUCCCAACCAGUUGGAGAUCAGCAUUCUUGGAUUCUUCGACCCUUCAGUUGUUUUUUGAUCUUUAUCAUUCCAUCCCUCCUUCGUUUUCUCCUCUGGUUUUAUCCUGCUUAGUGCAGAUAGCCUCUGUACGCAGAUCCCUCUUCAACAAUGCGGAAAGAGCAAAGUUUCUCUCUCAUCUCGUUGAUGGAGUUAAACGAAUACUGGAAAACCCACAGAGUUUGUCAGACCCAAAUAACUACCAUGAGUUCUGCCGAUUGCUGGCCCGAUUGAAAAGCAAUUACCAGCUGGGAGAGCUGGUGAAGGUGGAGAACUACCCCGAGGUCAUCCGACUCAUUGCCAACUUCACCGUGACCAGCCUGCAGCACUGGGAGUUCGCGCCGAACAGCGUUCACUAUCUCCUAAGCUUGUGGCAGCGCCUGGCUGCAUCAGUGCCCUAUGUUAAAGCCACAGAGCCUCACAUGCUCGAAACAUACACGCCAGAAGUCACAAAAGCUUACAUCACGUCCAGGCUGGAAUCUGUGCACAUCAUACUGAGGGAUGGUUUGGAGGAUCCACUGGAUGAUACUGGCCUCGUGCAACAGCAGCUAGAUCAGCUGUCCACCAUUGGCCGGUGCGAGUAUGAGAAGACCUGCGCUCUGCUUGUGCAGCUCUUCGACCAGUCAGCCCAGUCCUACCAGGAGCUGCUGCAGAGUGCCACCGCCAGCCCCAUGGACGUUGCUGUGCAAGAAGGGCGCCUGACGUGGCUCGUCUAUAUUAUCGGGGCAGUGAUUGGUGGUAGGGUCUCGUUCGCCAGCACGGAUGAGCAGGAUGCGAUGGAUGGCGAGUUGGUUUGUCGGGUGCUGCAGUUGAUGAACCUGACGGACUCUCGUCUGGCGCAGGCUGGGAAUGAGAAGCUGGAGCUUGCCAUGCUGAGCUUCUUUGAGCAGUUCCGGAAGAUCUAUAUUGGAGAUCAGGUGCAGAAGUCUUCCAAGCUGUACCGCCGUCUGUCAGAGGUCCUGGGGUUGAAUGAUGAGACCAUGGUCCUGAGCGUCUUCAUAGGAAAAAUCAUCACCAACUUGAAGUACUGGGGUCGAUGCGAGCCUAUCACCUCCAAGACGCUGCAGCUGCUCAAUGACCUCUCCAUUGGAUACAGUAGUGUUAGAAAGCUGGUGAAACUGAGCGCCGUACAGUUCAUGCUGAACAAUCACACGAGUGAGCACUUUUCCUUCCUGGGCAUUAACAAUCAGUCCAACCUGACUGACAUGAGAUGUCGGACUACGUUCUACACUGCACUUGGGCGUCUUCUCAUGGUGGAUUUAGGGGAAGAUGAGGAUCAGUAUGAGCAGUUCAUGCUUCCCCUCACAGCUGCCUUUGAGACUGUGGCACAGAUGUUCAGCACAAAUACCUUCAAUGAACAAGAGGCAAAAAGAACUUUGGUUGGUUUGGUGAGAGACUUGAGGGGAAUAGCCUUUGCCUUCAAUGCCAAGACCAGCUUCAUGAUGCUGUUUGAGUGGAUCUACCCAUCCUACAUGCCAAUCCUACAGCGAGCAAUUGAACUCUGGUACCAUGACCCAGCCUGCACUACACCUGUCCUCAAACUGAUGGCUGAGUUGGUACAUAAUAGAUCCCAACGGCUGCAGUUUGAUGUGUCCUCACCGAAUGGCAUCCUGCUCUUCCGAGAAACGAGUAAAAUGAUAACUACGUAUGGAAAUCGUAUCCUAACGCUUGGGGAGGUCCCAAAGGAUCAAGUCUAUGCCUUGAAGCUCAAGGGGAUUUCCAUCUGCUUCUCUAUGCUGAAGGCUGCACUGAGCGGGAGCUACGUCAACUUUGGGGUCUUCCGUCUGUACGGGGAUGAUGCACUGGACAAUGCCUUGCAAACUUUUAUCAAGCUUCUGCUUUCCAUCCCUCACAGUGACCUUCUGGAUUAUCCCAAGCUCAGCCAGUCAUACUAUUCCUUGCUGGAAGUUCUUACCCAGGACCACAUGAACUUUAUAGCCAGUCUGGAGCCUCAUGUAAUCAUGUAUAUUCUCUCUUCCAUUUCAGAAGGCCUCACUGCACUAGACACCAUGGUUUGCACAGGCUGCUGCUCCUGUUUGGACCACAUUGUCACCUAUCUCUUCAAGCAGCUCUCUCGCAGCACCAAGAAGAGGACCACACCUCUGACCCAGGAGAGCGACCGGUUCCUGCACAUUAUGCAGCAGCACCCGGAGAUGAUUCAGCAGAUGCUGUCAACAGUGCUGAAUAUCAUCAUCUUUGAGGACUGCAGGAACCAGUGGUCAAUGUCUCGGCCUCUGCUCGGCUUGAUACUGCUCAAUGAAAAGUAUUUCUCUGACUUGAGGAACAGUAUAGUGAACAGCCAGCCUCCGGAGAAACAGCAGGCAAUGCACCUCUGCUUUGAGAACCUCAUGGAAGGCAUCGAACGCAACCUCCUAACCAAGAACAGGGACAGGUUCACACAAAACCUGUCAGCGUUCAGGCGAGAGGUGAACGACUCCAUGAAGAACUCCACCUACGGUGUGAACAGCAACGACAUGAUGAGCUGACGUCUCCCAACUCCACCUGUACAGAGCAGCAUCUCUUUGGCCUGGCCCAGAGGGGUUACCGUUUCCGAUGGAAAGAAAAGAGGGCGUUUCUAAUCCCUGCUCUUCCCCAGGGCUGGAUUGCGGCGCUCGCUUUGGGCCGUACUCCACGUCCCGAGGGAGGAGGGAACAGGAGGGGUUGUUGAGCUCACCGGGGCAGGGUGCUUCUGUUUCCGUGGGAGGGGGUGGAAGGGCAUAAGCCAGGUGCAAGAAUCCAGCGUCUCCCUACCCGAAUGUCUGCGUGGAACGCCAGCGCUCUGCUGCAGCCUGCCUUGUAUAAACAUGUACAUUUUUUCAUAACAUUUUGAACAAGGUUUAUAUUGACUCAGUUUAAAAAAAAAAAAAAAAAAAGUGUGAUUGAAAUUUUUACAGAGUCCUGGUGCACCGGUGCUGGCGUGAGGGUUGUGUAUGCGAGUGAGGAAAGCGUGUCCUGCAGGCCUGAAGCUUUACUGGGCGAGGGGUGGGUGUGUGAAAGUGCAGAGAUAUAUUUAGUGACAAGUGUAGAGAGAAGCAAAAAAAAAAAAAGAAAAAAACCAACAAAAAAAAAAGCAUUGUAAAAUUCCAAAUGUAUAUUUUUUCUUAUUAAGCCCCUUGAAAUCACAACUUCCCGUUACCGUCUUGCCCUUGUUAUUAGGAACUCUAAGCCAUGCCGCGUGAUCUUUCAUUCGUGCUUGCUCGUGGGUGUCUCUCCUAUCCCCCGGUGUAGCAGUAGGCGCUGUCCCCUUGUCAACCCGCUUCUCGCAGGGCCCUCGCCUCCCUCCCUCCGGACCGAUGCUGUGCCGGGCGCCU